AUGAACGCCCACGUGCUUCGAUUUAUGCGCAAUAUUUAUAUUCGUGGGUGUCUAGGAAAUGAAGUUGCGCCACCGCGCGUCAAAAUUGGGAAGAUACAGCUAUUUGGGAAAGCAAUCCAAGCUCUAUCACGAGUUAGCGACGAGCUGUGGCUAGACCCGUCUGAGAAAGGUCUUGCUUUAAGAUCUGUGAAUUCUUGUCGGUCAGCAUAUGGAUGUGUCCUCUUCUCUCCUGUGUUUUUCCAAAGCUACCAAUGGUCAGCCGCAGUGGAAACGAAAGAUAGAAACACAGUAUCAAAUUUAAAUUGCAAAUUGGGAAUGAAGUCACUUUUGCCCAUCUUUAGAUGUCCGAAUUCCCUCGAAAGAAAUGUAGAGAUGUGCAAAAUAUUCACCAGAUCUGAUAAGUGCAAAGUAGUUAUUCAAUUCUUCUGCAGAUAUGGUAUUAAAAGGACCCAUAAUGUGUGUUUUCAAGAAAGUCAGCCUUUGCAAGUUAUUUUCGAAAAGAGUACAUGUACUAAUGUACUAGUGAUUCAACCGAGAGUGCUUGCCGAGGCGGUUGUCUUUUUUUCAUCGAGUCAAGAGGAAGUUACUCUUGCUGUUACCCCCCUGGAAGUCUGCAUUAAGAGUUCUAGUGAGGAAUCAAUGGAUUUGAACAAUUCUGUACACAGUGAGAUGUUUGUGGGUCCAGCUGAGUUUGACUUCUUUCAAAUUGGAAUUGACACUGAAAUAACGUUUUGCUUCAAAGAAUUUAAGGGAAUACUGGUAUUUUCAGAAGCUACACGUGCUCCUAUAUCCAUUUAUUUUGAUUUUCCUGGAAAACCAGUGGCUUUGAGUAUUGAUGACAUGUUACUGGAAGCUAACUUUAUUUUGGCUACUUUGGCUGAUGAGCCAAGUAGAGCAUCUUCUCCACAGUCGUGUGUUUCAGAAAAACAGAAAAGGUCAGAUCUGGAAUGUUCAAAUCCAAAGGCUGGUAAAAAAGACAGCAGGACCAUGGAGCACAUUUCAGGAAAAGCAGCACCCAAAAGGCCCCGCCCUGAUGAGACUCUCGGGAACAGCUCUACACUGGGAAACUGUGGCAGUCCUCUAAUGAAAAGAGCGAAUGGGGACAUCAGUGAGGUACUGGAAAGCAGCGUCAGCCACAUGGAGGAAGAGCCGUGGCCUUCACAUCUCAGGAAGUUUUCUUCCAUGUUCUUUGGAGCAGUUUCUUCCGACCUGCGAGAACACUGCGACAACCCUUUCGACAGUCUGGCAACAGCAAGUGACAGCGAAGAGGACAUGAAGGACAGUUUUUCCAAGUUCUAA